GAUCGACCGGUUUAGUGACACCAUAGCGUUGAACGAGCCAGCCCAGCCACUAAUCAUUUAAAAGAAAUCCAUUCCUCAUUCUGCACACAAACGAUUCUUCAAACAUAGUAUUGAUCUUUCAGAGAAUAGGUCAGGUCACUACUCUCUUACGAGCCCAGAAGUUCAAUUACUGUUUUCCGAUCAAUCCUCAAACAUGGCGCCUGGUUUCAAUACGAAAUCUCCCACGUUGAAGCGCAUCAUGAAAGAAGCCGCCGAACUCUCACAACAUCCAUCUCCUGACUACACAGCUUCUCCGGCUUCGGAUACCGAUUUGUUUGAUUGGCAUUUCACAUUGCGCGGCCCUCCAUCCUCAUCGUUUGCCGAGGGUAUCUAUCACGGACGCAUUGUUUUGCCUCCCCAAUAUCCCCUUCGACCUCCUUCCUUUAGAUUUCUGACGCCCAGUGGAAGGUUUGAGGUGAAUCGCGAAAUCUGUUUGAGUAUAAGUGGGCAUCAUGAGGAAACAUGGCAGCCUGCGUGGGGAAUACGAACCGCCUUGGUAGCUCUCAGAUCCUUUAUGGAAACCAGUCCUUCGGGGCAAUUGGGAGGGGUUGAUGCGAGCGAUAGCAUUAGAAAGAGAAUAGCAGGGGAGAGCAGGGGGUGGAAGUGCGGCAUUUGUGGUGGAAAGAGCUGCGAGGAGAUUUUAGGAGAAGCAGAACAACUUGCGAAGGAACUCGAGGGUGAAGGGACCAGUUCUAACAGAGAAGAGGAGACAAUACCACCUGACAUGCAAAUAGGGCUCAAGAAAGAGACGAAAGCGGAAACGGGAUCAAAUAAGGAAAUAGACGACGAGAAUAGUAAAUCCACGGAGGAGGUAACGCCGGCACAGGCUGAGAGUGAGUAUCCAGCUGCGAUGCCAGCGCAAACGGUACCUCAGCCCACAGCUACGAUACCACUUCCUCAACAUCCUCAACCUCAAAGACAAAUGGCACAAGCCCGUGUUCAGUCAGAUGAAGGUGUACCCGCAUGGGUCGAUCGGGCUAUUGCUGGCAUAGUGUUAUGCUUAGUAGUCAUGGUUUUGAAGAUGUUAUUGGGAAAAUAAACAGGGCUUUCGGGUGUUUUAGUCCAGGCUUUCUUCGGACAAUUGUAAUAGUGAGUUGGAGGCAUGAUGACAAGGCGUUAUUGGGCUGGCUGGGGGUGUAUGGAUUUACUUAGCGUUUCCUAAACCUUGAUACCAUUAAACAGAGAAUGCAGGAUACUUUUCACAUAGCCUAGUCGGCACCUCAUUGUAUCAAAACAAGAAUACUCGCGUGUCGUGAGCAAAUUAUGGACAACACAAUAUUGCCGUAGCUCUACAUAUCGCAGAUGUCAGGUUCUGGCUCUUGAUACACGAUAUUUUCUUAAGAUCAGAAUUCGAAUUGCUGGGCUCUCUGUUUUAAGUACAUCAGACUCGAAUCUCACAUAUUUCUUUAACAGCCUGAAGUGUAUUUAUCCAAUCUUUCCAAAUAAGAAUCUUCAAUGGUCUAUUGGCUAUUCA